GAUGUUUUCACUAAUCAAGAACGAAAGUUAGGGGAUCGAAGACGAUCAGAUACCGUCGUAGUCCUAACGAUAAACUAUGCCGACUUUGGAUCGGACAAUGAAAUGACUUGUUCGUCGUUUAAA